AUGCUUCAGAAACCCCUGUCACGACUGAUGGAGCGCGCGGCUCUCGCGCGGAGGACGAAGCUGGCUGGAGCUGAAGCUUCUGGGGGACGCAGCGUGGCUGCACCGUCUGACAAUGCAGCAAUAGACAGGGUCCAGGGCACGUUGCAGCCCGCUGUCUCGCAAAGUAUUAUUCCUCCCCCCAAUGUUCUUGUGGGAACCGACAUGGGUGUGAGGUUAGAGGAUCCUAGCGCAGCAGUAUCAGAGGGGCAUAUCCUAGAUACUGAUGCUAACCCCUCCGAAGUUACUGAAUUCUCCUUUUCUGCCCUCGAUUGGCUUACGGGGCCUUUACCGUGA